CGUGGCGGCGCGGUCGCGUGACGAAUUUCAUUGGAACUUUUUCAACGGGCAGGAAGGGAAGUCUCACUUUCCUGCGUCUCUCGUUUUCUCUGACGUUUCACGAGCAACGACCAAGUUGAACUUUUUUGUUUAAGAGCCACUUUCAACGAAUAAACGAAAGUUAUCGAACAAAACGCUUCCAGUGGACUUAAGAAAAUAGACGGGCAGCAUCAAACGCAUUCGAAAGCAGCGACGGAGCAUGAGGAUUGACUGUACACUUGAAGCCUUCUCCUGGAUCACUCAUUACUGUAAGACUCUGAGCAUCGAAGGCCGACAGAUCUCAAGAUGGAGGAGGAACCCAGCCUCCCCAAUGUCAGCAUACCCAGCCAUGACGAGCAGAGGGACAAGAAGAAGCGUUACACGGUUUACAAGGUGAUAGUGUCUGUUGGGCCACAGGAAUGGUUCGUUUUAAGACGAUAUGCCGAGUUUGAUAAACUCUACAACACACUAAGAAAACAGUUUCCAUCUAUGAAUUUGAAAAUCCCUCCAAAGAGAAUAUUCGGGGACAAUUUUGACCCAGACUUUCUCAGGCAAAGAAGAGCUGGUUUACACGAGUUCAUUAAGCGGAUUGUCUCACAUCCUAAGGUUUGCAACCACCCAGAUGUAAAAAGUUUUCUUCUAAUGGACCGAAGGAAACUUUCAGAUCCCUCUGAGGAUGAAGACGAUAAAAACGGCUCUAGCUCAAGAAACAUUAACCUGGGUCCCUCUGGAAAUCCACAGGCCAAGCCUACAGACUUUGACUUUUUAAAAGUUAUAGGAAAAGGGAGUUUUGGGAAGGUUUUCCUUGCAAAACAUAAACACGACGGAAAGUGUUAUGCGGUCAAGGUUUUACAGAAAAAGUUCAUCGUCAACAGAAAAGAGCAAAAACACAUAAUGGCAGAGCGCAAUGUGCUGCUGAAGAAUGUGAAACACCCCUUUCUGGUUGGGCUCCAUUAUUCCUUCCAGACCGCAGACAAGUUGUACUUCGUCUUGGAUUUCAUCAAUGGAGGAGAACUUUUCUUUCAUCUUCAAAAAGAGCGGACCUUUCCAGAGCCCAGAGCAAAGUUUUACAUCGCUGAGAUGGCGAGUGCGCUGGGAUAUCUGCAUUCUUUAAACAUUGUUUACAGAGACUUGAAACCAGAAAAUAUUCUGCUUGACCAUGAGGGACAUGUUGUCCUGACGGACUUUGGAUUGUGCAAGGAAGGCAUUUCCCCGUCAGAUACCACCACUACGUUUUGUGGAACCCCUGAGUACUUGGCUCCAGAGGUGCUGAGGAAGCAGGCUUAUGAUAACACCGUGGACUGGUGGUGUCUGGGGUCAGUGCUGUAUGAAAUGCUCUUCGGUUUGCCGCCGUUUUAUAGCAGGGACACGCAUGAGAUGUAUGACAAUAUUCUCCACAAACCUCUGGCGAAGCGUCCCGGUGCGUCCAGCACAGCCUGGUCUCUCCUUCAGGGCUUAUUGGAAAAGGACAGCAUAAAAAGACUGGGUUCUCAUGAUGACUUUACCGAGAUUAGAGCACACAGCUUCUUCUCUUCCAUCAUCUGGAAUGAUCUCGAAGAAAAGAAGAUCCCUCCUCCGUUUAAACCCAACGUGGCUUCUUCCAGUGAUAUCUCAAACUUUGAUCCUGAAUUCACAGAGGAGGUGGUUCCCAACUCCAUCUGCUGGACUCAAGAGCGUUCUAUUGUCACUGCCAGUGUUAUGGAGGCCGAUGAUGCCUUUGUGGGUUUCUCUUACGCCCCUCCUUCUGAUGACUCUUUCCUAUAUUCUUCAUGAGGUCUUCAGUUGCCUUAACCGUUGUAACAUUUUUUCACUAAAGGGAAAAGUUUGUACAAUGAAAUGUUUCAUGUUCUGUGAUGCCAAAGCACCCAGCGGAGAAUAACCUGCACUUAAAACAGAUUUUCAUUGAAAGAAAAUCUUUGUAUUUUACCUAUUUGUAUUUAUAUAAAUAUC